AUUUAUCCACCUUCUGACUUAGAAUUAUAUUAUGCUCAAUUCUUGGAGGAUGAUAAAAAUAACAGUGUAGAAAAUAACUUUGGAUUACAUGCAAUGCUAUUGUCUAAUUACAACUUUCUUAAAGAAUUCGAACAAUUUUGCAUUUGCGAAAAUCUAAAAAUAUAUGAGUUUCCUAAACUUUAUGACUUUGUUAAAAAUCAUAUUUAUUUUAUAAUUAUACAUCAGCAGCAAGUUGAAGGUCUCUUCAACAAAUUGGACUUAAAAACGCAUGCAAACAUGUCAGAAUUAAUGAAAGAAUCAAAGCUUCGCUUGUCAUCUAACAAGAUUUCAAAAGAAAAUUUAACCGAUGAAUUGAAUGAAAUACGAAAACUAAGAAAUCAAGCAAAACAGUAUCCAUUACAAGAUGCUCAACCACAACUAUUUGGGCCUGACAUUGCGUCAAAUCUUUUUAAGCAAAUACUUUAUUAA